AUGUCAACUGGACGCAAGCACGGAGAAACCAGACUCAAGCUUCUCCUGAUCGGAGAUAGUGCUGUCGGAAAGUCUAGUUUGCUGCUACGGUUCGCAGAAGAUUCCUUUAGCCACACUUUCAUAUCAACCAUUGGUGUCGAUUUCAAGACUCGCACUAUUGAUAUCGAUGGGGAACAAGUGAAGCUGUCGAUCUGGGAUACAGCAGGACAGGAGCGUUUCCGUACUAUCACUGCAGCUUAUUAUCGCGGAGCUAACGGUAUCGUUCUUGUCUACGACAUCACCAGCGAGUCGUCUUUCAACAGCAUUCGUGGUUGGAUCCGAAACAUUGAGGAGCAUGCUUCUGAGAGCGUUUGCAAGAUCUUGGUUGGCAACAAGGCUGAUAUGGAGGAUCGGCGGGUGGUGACCAAGGACCAGGGGCAGCAACUUGCGAACGAGUUUAAAAUCAACUUCUUUGAAACUUCUGCUAAGGCUGAUAUCAAUGUCGAAGAGGCCUUCGUGUGUAUUGCCAGAGAGAGCAAAAAGCGUUACGAAGCUACACACGCAGCCAACACGGAGAAACCAAGUAAUCUCAACAUCCGAGACACUUCCGCUCCUGCACCUGCUGCUUCCAACUGUUGUGCUUAG